AUCAUUAAGUUCACCACGACUGCUGCCAUUGUCUGUGAAAUGUCUGCCAAAUAGCAUUCAGUUCAACUCAAUUCACAACUCAAUUCGACUAGGUGAAGGCUUCCAUAGCCAAAUGUCUGCGACUUCCCCCCACCUUCUUCUUAAUAAGUUCACUACGGCUGCUGCCAUUGCUAGUACACCCAUACCCAGGCUAGCCUUCUCGCUCGUUUCUUCCUCUCCUAAAUUCCAACUUUUCUCUUCAGCUUUUGCCUCUCGUCUCCUGCCCCACCCCCCAACGCUCUCUUCUUCUCUCAUCUUCCCGAGGGUGCUCUCCACUUUUAAUAUCGCCAUGGGGGAUGCUCCUGACGCUGGCAUGGACGCCGUCCAGAGACGACUCAUGUUUGAUGACGAAUGCAUUUUGGUGGAUGAGAAUGAUUGUGUUGUUGGUCAUGAUACCAAAUACAAUUGUCACUUGUGGGAAAAAAUUGAAUCUGGAAAUAUGCUACAUAGAGCUUUCAGUGUAUUUCUGUUUAACUCAAAAUAUGAGUUGCUUCUUCAGCAACGAUCUGCAACAAAGGUAACAUUUCCUCUUGUGUGGACAAAUACCUGCUGCAGCCAUCCACUAUACCGUGAAACUGAGCUUAUUGAGGAGAAUGCCCUUGGUGUAAGGAAUGCUGCACAAAGAAAGCUCUUGGAUGAACUGGGUAUUCCUGCUGAAGAUGUGCCGGUUGAUCAGUUCAUCUCGCUGGGCCGCAUUCUGUACAAGGCACCUUCUGAUGGCAAGUGGGGGGAGCAUGAACUUGAUUACCUCCUUUUCAUUGUGCGAGAUGUCACUGUUAAUCCAAACCCUGAUGAAGUAGCCGAUGUGAAAUAUGUGAAUCGAGAUCAAUUGAAAGAGCUGUUGAGGAAAGCAGAUGCUGGUGAGGAAGGUUUGAAGCUGUCCCCUUGGUUCCGGCUAGUCGUUGACAAUUUCUUGUUCGGGUGGUGGGACCAUGUUGAGAAAGAGACUGUCAAGGAAGCUGUUGACAUGGAAACCAUUCACAAGUUGGCUUAAAAUUUCAGGCUAAUGCAAUAAAUUUGGACCCAAAAAGUCACUCUGAGUUGUAUUGUAUAGAACUGGCCGAUCAUCAUAAUUUACCAUCAGAUUAACUCGAUAAGAAACUCUGUAAUGUGUCUGCUGUUAGGUGGAAUUGCUUUGUUUAUACAUGUUUUCGAGGUUUCUCCAAGAAUUGAAACCGAGUAGAUUUUUAGUAGCCUAUAUUACAAUUCACCAGACGAAUGCUCAAAACCAAGCAGAGGAUCUUCCGUAGAG